AUGGUCAGAAACGACAAUCCGCGCAAAAGAUCAAUGUCUGUUACACCAUCGGUUCAGAACUCGACUGGAAGCACGGAAGGUUUUUUGCUCCUUUGGAACGAGCACACGCUAGAGGAGUCGAGGAAGCGGUGGUUGCCUGAAAAGACCAGCUGUGUUGCUUCGAAUCCGAGCUCAUGUGAGAAAUCCUUGAGAAUAACGGGACCCGGAUCGUGCAUAACAGAUCGCACUUCGACACCAACCACAGAAGGAAAAGAGAGGUCGUCCAAGAGAUUCAAAAAUUCCAAGAAGGAAGUGGAGAAGCCUCCGGUAGGCAAAACGCGACGCAUCCUACCUCGUAACGGUGGAAAGAGAGGGCGUCAAGCGGAGCAAGGAGCUGUAAGCAUGGUGUCUCAACGCUGCCAUAAACAACUUGCUUGCUUAAGGGAUAUUCCUCCAACUUCGCAAAACACAAAAAUUCAAGAUGAAGUUACGUUCCAAAAAACAUUACAAGAUAAAGGCAGUUCCUCUCAUGGUUGUGCAUCGUACUGUUGCAGAUGGUGGAAACGUUGGAUCCGUUCCAAGACCUCACGUGAGCAUCCAUGGUGUCAGGUGAGGAAACUACCCCCAAGGGCAACCCAAGAUUUUCUACGUAAAUUACUUGUUUUGUGUAUACACAUUGGCUGGUUUGUCACAUUUAUAGGUGCCAUCGCUGGCAAUGCAUGGAGAUUCACCUGGUUUGUGAUAGUCUUUGACUUACUUGUUCUUGUCAGCUUGUUUGCUGCUGUCGGCAGUGAUAGUGUACGAUUCUAUAGAUUGGCUGUAUCCUUUUGUUUUACUACUAUACUUUACGUGGGACUGGAUUUUCGUGAUACACUGAUUAUGACACUUUUAGGUAUUGGCAUAACAUUCAGUUGUGGGCAGAUAGAAUUUUAUAUAUACUCGACUAGAGCUGAAUUUCAGGCGGUUGGUGCCGGCUUAAUCUUUUUAUCAAUGGUUGAGCUAUUUUGGGUACUUGUAUUUGGAUGUGAGGAAGGAUCAUUUGUGCACAAUAGUGUCAACGCAGCUUCAAUUAGCAAACCCUCUGUCCACUCCAAUAUUGGACCUGCCCUCAGUGGCCUCGGUGGCCUCAGUUAUGCACCACCGCAAACAGAGAAUCGUGAGAGUCAAGUUAUAGUCUCACCAAAUGCUGAAUAUGCCUAUAGAGCCAAAGCACUGUAUACAUAUCAAGCGAAUGCAGAAGAUCCAAAUGAGCUGUCAUUCUCAAAAGGAGAAAUUCUUGAGAUUGUUGAUAAGAAGGGUAAAUGGUGGCAAGCAAAGAAACUUGAUGGUUCUGUUGGUAUAGCACCAAGCAAUUACGUAAGUUGA